AUGGGUUGCUGCGGCCUCUUCAACAAGAACAAAAAGUCCAAGACGGGCGCCAACGGCUUCGCCCCGCGCCCCGUGCAGCAGGUCGUGCAGGGCGGCAAGGUCGGCUACCAGCCGACGGCGGCGGCGCUCCAGGCCCAGCAGCAGCACACGCAGCAGUACGGCGGGGGCGGCAACAUCCAGGACGCGGAGUACCUGAAGAGUCUGGCGACGAACAAGGCUAUUGCGGGGUCGGCGGCGGAUUUCGCCGUCCGCGGGAUGGGCCCUCGGGGGCAGAAGUUUGAGCCCUACGCCCAGAAGGGAGCCAACCUGGCGGCUCAGCAGUUCACUAAGCAGCAGUACAAGGGCCGGCAGCAAGAUGCCGCUGGAUACUAAGCAAAGGUUGCUAGGAGAGUGAGAAUUCGUCCGGGGUCAGUGUUUCUUUACAGAUAUUGCUCUUUGGGGAUCUGUUGUUCCCGUUUCGCUU